GCGUUGCUUGGUAACCUUCCAAUCGCAGCUGCAUGGCUCCUGAAUAUUAAGAGCGAAUCCUUUACCGUAGUAGGAUUCCUAUCCAGGAAAUGCGUUUCUAUUACUGUCACAAGUUACAACCACCAAACAAACAGGAAUAACAGCGUUCCUACCGCGAGUGUCUUUUGUUUUUUAAACCGAGCGAGUUGAAAUGUUAUACAUUUCGGUUCUAAAAAUCCCGGAUAAAUGUGAUUUUGUGAAGCUCAGUGGGAAUGACACUUGAGAUACGUGUUCUGUUGUGUACUUUGGACUUAAAUGUAAAUAUCUGAGUUGCUUGGGAAUGCCGCUCGGGAUGCGCUCGUCGUCGGAUGUGGAGUACAGUGCGGUUGGAGAGGGGCUCGGGAUGCGGGACUUCUGGCUCUAUGUGUGGCUGCGCAGAGUGUCUGUGGUCGCGGCGCACAUCAUUUCACUCGGCCUCUUCAUUCUCAUAUCCAUACUGUCCAGACCAGGAACAAGUCUCUUCUCUUGGCAUCCUGUCUGCAUGUCACUUGGGUUUUGCCUGUGCAUGACAGAAGGGAUCCUGCUUUUCUCCGCUGAAGGCACCCCGUUCUGCUUCAAAUCCCGUAAGUGGAAGGUCCGUCUGCACUGGUUCUUUCAGGCCCUGCUGCUGGUGUGUGGAGCUACAGGACUCUGCUUCAUGGUGGCCAGUAAGAACAUAAAGGAGAAUUCGCACUUCACUUCCUGGCACAGCCUGCUGGGACUCACUACGAUGGCUGCUACUGUGCUGCAGGCGAUAUGUGGCGUCAUUCUCCUGUUCCCUAAACUCAUUAGCACUUACUCAUUUCCUCGGUGGAGACUGUAUCAUGCCACCUGUGGCCUGGUGGCUUACUUGCUGGCCACCAUCACGGUCAUGUCAGCCAUGUUUACAGACUGGUUUCAGGCCUCGGUGACAGGCACAAUUUGGUAUAUCUUCCUCCUCCUCCCACUUUUUCCUGCCUUAGUAGUGAUGAACCAAAUCACUAGUGCCUUCCUGCCCAAAAAGAAGAUUACUAGUUGAAAACUAAAGCCUCAAAUUAGAGCCUUAUUUAGGGAUCUGGGGCCUCAUUUAUAAAGUUCCCUAAAUGGGAACAUACAGCAAUUUCCAAAAUGUUCCUACGAAUGUUUUAUAAAGUGUCCAUAUGCACAAAAAAGGUUCCAAAUUGCAUCACACUUUAUAAAUCACACUCAUCAUCAUGGGCAAGCGUGUGUAUAUAUACACAUGACAACUCUCUGAAUAGAUUUAACCAGCAUUUAUUAAUAAGAAUGGUAUGUACAUAGGUUUAGUCUUGGCAGAUUAGAUCUGCCACGCUGCUGCAUGACUGAAAGCUACUGCUGAAAAAUGCGCAUAAAUACGCAGAAUAGAAUGCAAGCUGCUGCAAGGGAAGUAGGGAGAACCCCCAGAUCUAGACAGGUGGUGCUGGGGAGGGAGGAGGGCUAGGAAAAUUCCCAUGGUGCAAUUCACUGAGUUGAGCCUGUUUGGGACUGAAAUAAAUAGAUAGAAUAAACAGGGGUGCGUUUCCCAAAAGCAUCUUUAGAGAACUAUGGUCGCAAAUUCUGUUGAACUCUGUCAAAGACUAUAGAAUAACACAAGAUGCAUCACUCCUAUUGGUUUGAAUGGGAGAAAGUGCAACACGCAAUAUGGUGAAAUAAGUCCUGCCUUCCAAAUAAGAGCCAAUCGCCGACUGGUAAAGUCACUGCAGAGGCCGUUUGAAACUCCGGUUCCUAUAGAAACAGAUGCGCGCUUUCUAUAGAGACGUGCACUUAGGACUGCGCAUACGCAUUAGCUUGAUCCUGCCUGAAAAAUACAGUUUUUUUUGUCAUGAUUCGAGCGUUUGGAAACAUUUGUUGUCAGAUUUCAUUGGUGAUUUAAAAUAUGAAAUUGGCGAACAGCUUUGGAGAAUUUGAUGUUUCUCCAUUCAAAGAGAUAGGAGCUGCACUUGCAUGCCUGAGAGGUGUUUCAAAGAUGGCCGCCAAGCUAAAUGACUUGUAUUAAAGGGACUUUGACUCUGUUGAUAACGACGGAACUUGUGACCAUAUUUGGCUUUGUGAAACGCACUCCAAAUCGACUGGCCAAAGUGGACAGUUUUAAGAGAACCAAUCAGCUGCUCGGAAGAGUUUCAUGACUGAACUAUAUAUAAAUAUAAAUACAUACAAUUUUUUCAGGAAAUCAUAUAAUUAAUAAAUAAAUUUAAGUGACGUAAUUAUCAAAAAAGUUGCUUAUAUGUGCAUAUAAAAAUAUUAAUGCAUAUUGUGAUUGUCUUUUUAUAUUUACCUCCAACAAUGUUGGAUUUUUUUGGUAACACUUUUCAAUAAUGUAAUCAAAUCCAAUUGAAUGUGCAUUUUAUAAAUGAGGCCCCUGAGCUUUAGAAACUCUAGAAACAGCAUGAAUCAAAUGUGAUGACAUUUGAUUUCAUUUCUUCCACUUUUUGACAUUUUAAAUGACGUUCACUCACAUAGGAUUUUGGCCCUGUCCCAAAAGGCACACUUUAUGUGUACUUGCAGUCUUUUAAGGCCAGUUCACACUGCACCAGCAGACGCCAACCAACGGCAACAGAUACUUUGUUGGGUUUUGUUGGAUCAGUGUGUUACUCCUGUUGGCAUUGGUCGGCGUUUGUUUGUUUGGCAGAUUGUGAAAUUGUCUGAGAAGUGACGUACUGUAAUCUGGUGAUUGUCCAUCUUCAGAGGUACAAGCAGUUGAGAUAGGCCCUGCAGUCAUACAAAUAGUAUGUGUAGUUUAAUUCUACUGGGAUAGGAAAACUACAAAUAUUCAUCCAAACCAGUAGGUGUCACUGUAAAAUCCAAAACCACCGUUGUAUUAAAUAAGAUAGUCUAAAUAGCAUUUUUGCAUCUCUGACUAGCACGUUCGGUGAUCAUAUGGUCAUUCUCACAAAAGUGAGCAACUAAAGGCAGUUAGCGAAGUGUAUAUAGUAAUUUUAAUGAAUUAAAUUAGCUGUUUAUAAUCAGGUGAUCCUGCGUGUCCUUGUGACUUGUUUUGAAACCUUUAUUUACCAGGGAUUUUGUAAACCCAAGGACUAUGCACUGAAAAUAUAUUUGCAUAUUUUCAAUAUUUACAUAUUUUUUGUUAAAAAAAAAAGAAAAAGAAAAAAAAAAGAAUGUUUUACCUUCAUAAUGAGUAUGGUGUACUGACUAUAAUGAAUAUGGAGUGCUGACUACUGAUAUUUUGUUCUUGAGGACCUGCUUGAACAUUAUAAAUGAGUAAUUCUAUAUUUGCAUAUUUUUCGUAAUCUAAUACAAGCAAUUGGUUGUGCUUCACAGAGGACACAUUUUUUGUUUUUUACUAUGCACUGCUGAAUAGGGAGCCUUGUGGCACUCUGGGAAAAUGAACAAAAUUGCUGUUUGCAUUGCAAGAAUAUGCUUAUUGUAUUAAUAUAAAACUUGCAAAUGUUUUAGAUAUAUCAUUGUCAUGUUCUUCUCUAAUUUCAACCCCAUCCUUGUGAGUUUUGCAUGAUUUUACAGAGCUGUAGUUCAGUUUGUUCAUGUUGCAGUAGCAUUUGAUUGUGUGCCUUCCUCUGUAUGAUACUCUCCUGAACAACAUGACAGAAAAAUGUGUUAUUUUGACUUUUUUUUUUUUUCUUCUUUGUCUGGACUAGAGAUGCAAUGAGAACAUUUUACUGUACUUCCCAAUAUUUAUUUUUAUUAUGGCUGAUAACAAAUAUGUUUUGUGUGUUAUUUUGAGAAAACUAUGUAAGCUUCAGUCUAAAUAUAAGCCCUAGUAAUAUCUGCAUCCAACGAUAAAGAUAAAUGAUAAUGGCCGAUAAUGUUAUAUUGUGCAUUUAGUCUGGACAGUAAAAUGAGCAAAUUAAUGUGGGCAUCUGAAGCUUAGUUCAAAGUCAGUAUCAGUGUAUUUUUUACAUUAUGUGACACAUAACUAGAGAUUAUUUGUUCCACCUCUUGUGUUUAUAUAUGCCUGUAUUAUUUGUGUGCUGCAUUUUAACACAUACUAGACUAGUAUAACAGUUAUGUGCAGUGUCAUGGACUCUGGUUUAAUACAGACGGUUUACUGUAUUGAUUUGACAGUGCAAGUUUUUUUAUGAAACUGCACAAUGUGGUCAGGUUAUAAGAUUCUAAAGCUACAACUUUGAAUGUAGAAAACAAUGACUCAGGGUUGUGUAUGAAUUACUGGCAUUUCAAAAUAUGAGUAUUUUACUCUAUACUGUAUGUAUUUGAGGGUUGGCGUGAUCAUUCUUAUGAACAGUAAAUGAUUGUUUUUACUCAA